GAAGUAAUCGAGAAAAAUGUCGUUGAUACAAACAGUGAUUACUUUUAUUUGUUUAUUAAAAUAAAUAUUUAGUUCAAACACUUGCUUUGUUUUUUGUUAAACCUUUUAAAACUAAUGAACUUUAACCUAAGGAAGAGGACGGAUAUAUAAUCAUGUGAUUUCACGUCACGCACGCAUACAUACUAAUGGCCUCGCAUUUAAACAGACACUUCUCUCGAAAGGCGGCCAUUGAGCGACAGACUCUCAGUGCGUUUAGCAUAAUUUGUAAUAUUGGAUUUGUAGUGUGAUUUAUACAAACAGAACUAAAGUUCGUUUACGACUGAUUGGCUUUGCUCGUGAACAAGUUGCGUUAGGAGGCACCUUUGGGUAAAUAGGACUACGAACACCUGCAUGAUUCUUGGAUAGUGUGGUAGAUAACAAAUACUAGCGUGUUUAACGAUUAAGUGGCUCUGUUCGUGAACAAGUUGCAGCAGGACAGGUGAAAAUUUGUGACUUAAAAUGGCCAGCGGUGAGGAUAGAGGAUCUAAGACUGAAGAAACGGUUCGAGCGAGAACAGAAGCGCUAAAACGGACUGAAGAAACGGUUCGAGCGAGAACAGAAGCGCUAAUACGGAGUACAGAAGCGCUAAACCGGAGUACAGAAGCGCUAAACCGGAAAAGCGACGAUCUAAUACGGAAAAGCGACGAUCUAAUACGGAAAAGCGACGAUCUACGACGGAAAAAUAAAGAGCUACCACGGGAUGAAGAUGACCUUAAACGACUUGAAGAAGUUGUUCUGAGGGAUGCAGAUGACCUAAAACGACUUGAAGAAGUUGUUCUGAGGGAUGCAGAUGACCUAAAACGAUUUGAAGAAGUUGUUCUGAGGGAUGCAGAUGACCUAAAUCGAUUUGAAGAAGUUGUUCAGAGGGAUAAAGAUUACCUAAAUCGUCAAAUUCUGGAGGAUGAGAAAUUGAGGCAGGAAGAGCAGAUUAAAAAGCUGGUGGAUGAGAACUUGCGUUUGCAGGAUGAAAACUCAAAGAUUGAAGAACGUUAUCAAAGGCUGGAAGAAAGGAUUGAAAAACUGAAAGAUGAAAAAUCGAGACUUGAAGAAAUUUUUCAAGAGGUGGCGGAUGAGAGUUUGAGAAUUCAGGAUGAAAACACAAAAAUCGAAGAACGUCAUCAAAGAACGAAACAACUUGAGAAAUACUGUUUCUUGUAUUACUGGCUGCAUUCGGACUGUCAUGUCGCUCUUGAAACACCUGCAAGAACAUACAUAAGUAUCCACCCACCACACACAAAGGGAUUUCAACCAAAUCAACUAAACGUGGUACAAUCUCUAAAGGAGGAUAUUAAGCGCCUAGGGAAUCCAUCAGAGAUUAUUCCUUUAGUCGGUCUGAAUGGUGAUGGAAUAGAUGAAUGGUACAAAACAGUUGAUGUACACAAUGAACAGUUGACAGAGGAUUACAGUAUACUAGAAACUUCUUUCAGCAAAGGAUCUGACGAUUUCGAGAAAUACUUUGCAAAACACAAACCAAGCAAACCAAAGAAAAACAGUCCACUCUACAUUUAUGCAGCUGCCUGGGACCAUUCACACUGUGCAACUGCACCUGCUAAGGACAGCACAUUGAUUGAAGAAAUUAGGCACCUAUAACGGAUUUCGACGAAAUUGAGUUUUCCCGGUAGCGGGAUUCGAUGUUGUCCUCCAAAAAUUGGAGACCUUGUCCUGAAAUAAGUAGAAGCAACAGGACUAACGUUUGGACUGGUGCACGACAUUUCAGCUGAAAUAAACGAUGCCGGACAAAGUAGCUAAGUUUCAUCGAAAUAUGGCAUAUUGCUCCAAAAGACUUUAUAUAUUUUGCAACAAAAUGUCCUAAAACGGAUAAUGAGAAGAAAAAGGAACAUCAGACAUUUUUUUCCGAUGUUGGUGAUUCUGGAGCUUUCGUUUAUGUUGUUAACCCGAACGCUUUACAAGAUACAACCGACGAGAUAUUUUCCAAAGACAAUGAUCUUGGGUUUGUUGGCAUGGUCACCUCAGAAGAAAACGGAUCAUAUUAUUCAACGUACAUGGAAAAACAAUUGAUUGGACUGAAGAACAAAUUUUGUUAAAUGAAUGUAUUUAACACUUAACGAACGUAAAGUUGUAGCGAAUUUACAGAACCGUGACAGGUUUGACUACUUUCCAUCUCUAUAGGGCUUGCUGAAAUUAUCAGUUGUCAAAUAACCAGCACUAUGUAAAUACACAAAAGAUUUGAUAUAUUUUUUCUUAUCAGAUAUCUCUUGCUGUAGUUAUGCUCUGAUAUUAUAAACUGCUCCUGCUAUUUUUGUAUUAUUUUGUUAUGUGUUUUGUAUUGAUCAUAUUUCUGUAUAAGCAUUGUUUCAUUGACGCCGCCUGGUAUAUUAAAAUCUAGCUUUGUCUUUACUGAUUCGGUAUUGAAAUGAUUGGUUGUUAAAGGAACAGUAUUGUGAAAAUACACAGACGAUUUUAUUUAUUUAAUCAGAUACUGUUUUCUGUAAUAUUAAUAGUGCUUCUGCUUUUUGUGUUAUUUUUUAAUGUUGCUUUUAUUAUCAUAUUUUAUCUUUAGCCUUGUUUCUUUUGAUGUCGCCUGGCAUAUUUCAACCAAGCUCGAUAUAAAUGAUAGUUUGACCUUUCAUAUUCCUCAAUGUCCUUUUCAAACGCGAUUGUAAAAUCACUCCUCAUUUAGAAUGCUAUUUGUCUAAAGGCCAAUUUUUUCCGUGACUAUGCUUAAGAAUCUAUAUUUCAUUUUAAGAAUGUAAAAUGCUUAGACGUCAUUACAAAUUUCUUUGCAAAUAAAUUGAAAUAUAACACAACAAUAUCAUUCGUACAAUGGUGAUCCUUUUCCGUCAUUAAACAGGCUUAAGAAAGAAUUCAGUUCUCAGAUACUUUUUUCCAUUAUUGAUGUCUGCAAAGUUUUAUGCGAUACCUUAUAAUUGUUUGUUGUUAUGUUGGUUAGUUCCUUUGUGAUUAAUUAUAUUUGUUUAUGGCUAAGAUUACUAGUUUUGACGUGAUUAAUUUAAAUACUGUUUCAUUAUGUUGAAAAUGUCUACGUGCUGAACUGUAAUUGUCUUUGGUUAUGUUUGGAAGUUUGCAUACACUUGUGAUGAACUUUACUUGAUCUUGAUGAUGUUUGUCCAGAUUAUAUGCCAUUAAUUGGAUUUUUUUAUCAUGUUUCCAAGGUUGUAUAUAACACAUUACAUUCUUUUUCGUUUGUGAUUCCCAAUGUCUAUCUGAUAUAUUAUAAUUGUUUCAGAUUAUACUUCCAAGUGCCUAUGUCAUACACUAUAUUAUUUUUUCCUAUAUUUCUAAUGUGGUACAUUACAUCGUUUUUAUUGAUGUUUUCAAGUGUCUAUGUGAUAAAUUAUACUUAUUUUCGGUAAUAUUUCAAAUUACCUAUGAGGUACGUUAUAUUGUUUUCAGUUAUAUUUCCAAUCGAUUCUGUGACACAUUGGAUUCUUUUUGGUUAUGUUGUGCAUGUGUGAUCAACUAUAUUGUUUUUUGGGUAUGUUUGCAAGUGCAUAUAAGGUACAUUAUAUUAUUUUCGGUUGUGUUUCAAAGUGCUCGUGUGAUAAACUAUAUUGUUUUCGGUUAUACUUCCAAUCAACUAUGUGACACAUUCUUUUGUUUUCGAUAAUGUUUGCGGUUAAGUGUCUGUGUGAUAUAUUAUGCUGUUUUCGAUUAUGUUUGCAAGUGCCUAUAAGGUACAUUAGAUUGUUUUCGGUUAUGUUUGCAAGUGCCUAUAAGGUACAUUAUAUUGUUUCCGGUUAUGUUUGCAAAUGCCUAUAAGAUAUAUUGUUUUCGGUAGUGUUUGAAAGUGCCUUUGUGAUUCAUAAGAUUGUUUUCGGUAGUGUUUGCAAGUGCCUAUGUGAUACAUUAUAUUGUUUUCGGUUAUGUUUGCAAGUGCCUAUGUGCUACAUUAUAGUAUUUUCGGUUAUGUUUGUAAGUGCCUAUGUGAUACAUUAUAUUGUUUUCGGCUAUGUUUGCAAAUCUUGUACAUUAGAUUGUUUUUGGUUAUGUUUAAAAUUAUUUAUGUGACGAAACAUAAGUGUUAUUUGGUAUGUUUUCAAGUGUCUUUGUGAUAACUUGAGGAUGCAUUAGGCAAUGCUUUCCAGUGAUUAUGUGAUGAACUACUUCUGUGUUGAUUGAGUUUGCAAGGUAAUACCUGAUGAACAAUCACUUUUCGUAAUGUUUGAAAGUGAAAAUGUAAUGUAUCAUAAUUGUUUAUUAUUCAUAACGUUUGCAAGUUUGUAUAGAAUGAAUUAUUAUUGUUUUUAAUUAUGUUUGCAAGUAUCCGUGUGAUAAAUAAUGGGUGAUUUUAGUUACUGGUAACACGUUUGUUUGUGAUGAUUGCACCUUUACAUAAAAAUUAACAUUCA